AUGGCAGACAUCAAAAAGAUGAAGUUGGUUGGUAUCUGCACUGUGAAGGGGAUCCAGAUGACGACCCGAAAGACUCUGUGCAACAUCAAGGGCCUGUCCGAGGCAAAGGUGGAAAAGAUCAAGGAGGCUGCCGGGAAGAUGCUGAAUGUUGGUUUCCAGACCGCCUUUGAGUACAGCACGAAGAGGAAGCAGGUGUUCAACAUCACAACCGGCAGCCUGGAGUUUGAUAAACUUUUGGGUGGAGGUAUAGAGAGUAUGGCUAUCACGGAGGCCUUUGGAGAGUUCCGCACAGGGAAAACCCAGAUGUCUCACACGUUCUGUGUCACGGCUCAGCUGCCAGGCGAGGAUGGCUACCCUGGUGGGAAAGUGGUCUUCAUUGACACGGAGAACACCUUUCGUCCAGACAGACUGAAAGACAUCGCUGACCGGUUUAAUGUGGACCACGGUGCUGUGCUGGACAACGUGCUAUACGCCCGGGCCUAUACCAGCGAACACCAGAUGGAGCUGUUGGACUUUGUAGCUGCCAAAUUCCAUGAAGAAGGAGGAGUGUUCAAACUUUUGAUCAUCGACUCCAUCAUGGCUCUGUUCAGAGUCGACUUCUCUGGUCGAGGCGAGCUGGCUGAGCGGCAGCAGAAACUGGCCCAGAUGCUCUCCAGGCUGCAGAAGAUCUCUGAAGAGUACAACGUAGCUGUGUUCAUCACCAACCAGAUGACGGCAGAUCCCGGUGCAGGAAUGUCUUUUCAAGCUGAUCCCAAGAAGCCAAUCGGUGGGCAUAUCCUGGCCCACGCCUCCACCACACGGAUCAGCUUGAGGAAAGGCCGCGCGGAGAUGAGAAUCGCCAAAAUAUUCGACAGUCCCGAUAUGCCUGAGAGCGAGGCCACGUUUGCCAUCUCUGGUGGAGGAGUCACUGAUGCCAAAGAGUGAAGGAUGAAAGGAAGAGAAGAUACGCAUGUUCACAUAGUCCCCUGUUGCCACCAUUCUUUUAAUUUUGUAAUGGAUUUAUUUAUUGAGCGUUAUUGCUUUUAUAUAAUAUAUUAACUUCUUAAAGUUACACUGACAAUCUAGUACCGUGGUACUUUUGAUGUAUUUAUUCCACACGUUGUAGUAUUUUUGUCCCUGUGUUUUUAUGUUGCAAUAAACACAAAUAAGACAAGACUGUUUUCCAUAGUGUAUCAUUCCCGAGACAGCU